GUGAGUCUUGUGCGGUGGCGGUUUCCGUCUGAGCUGACCAUCUAUUCCCUCAGCGAGUCCCAAAGCGCCGACGGCACGGAGGGUCCUCAGACCAAAGGCGGUGGGCUCCCCGGGCCAGAUCCCGCCUCGCCAGUGCUGCCAGAGCCCCUGGCCCACGCUCCCGACCGCAGCACUGUCGUCAUCCCGGGGCGCGGCGACAUGCCGGAGCUGGUGGUGACUGCUCUGCUGGCGCCGUCGCGCCUCACGCUGAAGCUGCUGCGUGCCUUCAUGUGGAGUUUAGUGUACUCGGCAGCUUUGGUGGCCGGGGCAAUCUAUGGCUGCAUCUCGCUCACGCACGUGCUGUGCCGGCCCAGACGUGGCUGUUGUGGGCGCCCCAGGCGAGCGGCUCCGGCUUGCCUGAAGGACCCCACACUGGGCAAGCAUGACUUCCUGAGCCUCAGGAGCUCUGGUCUGCGCCUGCACUAUGUCUCCGCUGGCCACGGCAAGGGGCCUCUCAUGCUGUUUCUGCAUGGCUUCCCGGAGAACUGGUUCUCCUGGCGCCACCAGCUCAGGGAGUUCCAGAACCACUUCCAUGUCGUGGCUGCGGACCUGCGUGGUUACGGCCCUUCUGAUGCACCAAGAGAUGUGGACUGUUACACCAUCGACCUGCUGAUGGCUGACAUCCAGGAUGUUAUCCUGGGCCUGGGUUACUCCAAGUGCAUCCUUGUGAGCCAUGACUGGGGUGCUCUCCUUGCCUGGAAUUUCUCCAUCUACUUCCCAUCCCUGGUAGAGCGGAUGGUUGUGGUCAGCGCUGCCCCCAUGUCAGUGUACCAAGACUACUCAAUACGCCACAUUGGCCAGUUCUUCCGAUCGAACUACAUGUUCCUGUUCCAGCUUCCUUGGCUGCCAGAGAAAUUGCUGUCCAUGUCUGACUUCCAGAUCCUGAAGACUACCCUCACCCACUACAAGACAGGCAUCCCACACUUGACCCCCAGUGAACUUGAGGCCUUCCUUUAUAACUUCUCUCAGCCUGGUGGUCUCACAGGGCCCAUCAAUUACUACCGAAACCUCUUCAGGAACUUCCCUCUGGAGCCCCAGGAGCUGGCCACACCCACACUGCUGCUGUGGGGGGAGAAGGACCCCUACAUGGAGGUGGGGCUGGUGGGAGCCAUUAGUAGACGCUUUGUGCCAGGCCGACUGGAGGCCCACAUCCUGCCAGAUGCGGGGCACUGGAUCCCCCAGAGCCACCCCCAGGAGAUGCACCAAUACAUGUGGGCUUUUUUGCAAGACCUGCUGGACUAGUGACCCUUGCUCGCCUGCCUGCCCAGGUACACAAGCACACAGAAACUCAGGAACACAUCAUCUGUGUGUGCCUGGGAGUCUGUGUACAUACAUGGUGAACUCCUGGAUCAGCCCUGAGUGUAAGUCUUCUGGAUGGCACACAAAUGCAUGUGUGGAUUCCCUGAGGCACACCAGUCCAGGCAUGGGUGUGUGCAUGCAUGUGUUGCAAACAUAUGGACCCUGGGAACUCUCCUUCAUGUAGCUAGGUUCUAGAAUUUAGUUUCUGACCCUCCUUACCAAAGGUGCUGUGUAGACUAUAAACUGAUAUUUCUGUC